UUCAUAAUUUUCACAUUUUUUUUUAUUUCAUAAUAUUUUAACCCUUUUUAAUAGCAAAAUAUAUAAUAAAAUUUUUGUUGUAAAAUACACUAAUUAAUCUGUGGUAUCUCGUUUGGUUUUCACCUGACUAUUAAUAUGUAUGAUUCUGCUAUUAAUCGACAAUUCGAGAACAAAACGAAAGCAUUAGACUUUCAGUAGUAAUAUCGUAUAGUUUAUGUGUGUAUUGUAAAAGUGCUGAACUACAUAAAUAUAAUUGUAUCUGCAAAGUUUUUAAUCAAAAUAGCAUCAUGAGUUAUAUGCUGGGACAUUUACACAACGGCUGGCAGGUGGAUCAGGCAAUCUUGUCUGAAGAAGAUCGCGUGGUGGUGAUUAGAUUUGGUCAUGACUGGGAUCCUACAUGUAUGAAAAUGGAUGAGGUCCUGUAUAGUAUAGCUGAGAAGGUUAAAAACUUUGCUGUCAUCUAUCUAGUGGACAUCACAGAGGUGCCAGACUUCAACAAAAUGUAUGAAUUGUACGACCCGUGCACGGUGAUGUUCUUCUUCCGCAACAAGCACAUCAUGAUCGACCUGGGCACUGGCAAUAACAACAAGAUCAACUGGCCCCUCGAGGACAAGCAGGAAAUGAUCGACAUCAUCGAGACCGUGUACCGCGGCGCGCGCAAGGGCCGCGGUCUGGUUGUCUCGCCUAAGGAUUACUCUACUAAAUAUAGAUAUUAAAUUUCUAUUUCAUUAUUUAGUGUUAUUAAUUAACCGAACAUUGUUUUAAAUGUUCUAAUAAUUUGUACAUUUUUGUCCAUAAACAUUAAAUUUAUAGGUAUUUCUUA